ACGGACCACGGACCACGGCCCAGAAAGGAUCAAGGUGGAAGAAAACAAAACGCAAGGCGGCGUGCGCUGCUCCUCCACUUCGCGUUCCGUGUUUCCAACUCCGGUGACUCCACCAGCAACCCAGCAACCCGCGCAGCGAUCCCACUCCGGCCACCGCCAUGUCGAGGCGCGGCGACUGGGUCUACGAGAACAACGGCGGGACCUGCGUGGCCAUCGCCGGCGCCGAUUACUGUGUCGUCGCCGCGGACACCCGCCUCUCUGUAGGAUACAGCAUCCUCACGCGCGACCACUCCAAGAUCUGCGACCUGGCUGACAAAUGUGUACUGGCAUCUUCUGGCUUUCAAGGUGACAUUAAGGCUCUGCACAAGAACCUAGCUGCCAGAGAAUUGCUAUACCAACACCAGCAUAAUAAAAGGAUGAGCUGCCCUGCCAUGGCACAGCUCCUCUCCAAUACACUGUACUACAAGCGCUUCUUCCCAUAUUACGCCUUCAAUGUGCUCGGUGGGCUUGACAGCGAGGGGAAAGGAUGCGUUUUCACCUAUGAUGCAGUAGGUUCCUAUGAGAGAACCGGUUACAGCGCUCAGGGAACAGGAUCUACUUUGAUGAUGCCAGUCCUGGACAAUCAACUAAAAUCACCAAGUCCUCUAUUACUCCCUGCCAGGGAUGCUGUCACACCAUUGUCAGAGUCAGAGGCCAUCGAUCUAGUUAAGGAUGUGUUUGCAUCUGCAACUGAGAGAGACAUCUACACUGGAGACAAGUUGGAAAUUGUUGUCAUUAACAAAGCCGGGACUAAGCGUGAGUACAUCGAGCUGAGGAAGGACUAAGCCAACGCUUCAGUAAUGCUGCAGCUGCCAUUUGCUUCGAACUUGUUCCCUAGCCUGGAGAUUUAUGUCUAAAGCUGUUGCUUCAUAGAAGCAGUUGUGUUUACUUGCAUAUGUACUGUACCAGGAUUCAGUCAGCUUGUUUUUUUGUUGAAACAAAUUCCUUGGAUACUGAAGCGGUACUUAUUGGCGGAAAGGCUAUUUGGUUGGGAGCUUGACAUGAUUGGCUUGUGUCACAAGCCUCUUUAGAUGUCUUAUAUACUCACUCCGAUUCAAAUUGUCUUUUGUCUUUAAAGUCAA